GUUUGUCUAUAGUGCUAUACUGCCAUGCUAUGGCUUAACAACGUUUUCUCUUGAUAUUUACUUAUGAUAUAAUUGUAUUUAUUGAAAUCAACUGGAAUGCUGACAAAGAAAAACAAGUUCAAUGCAUUCCAUAUAUCCAACUGAACAUCCGUGGCAACAAAAUGCCAUUAUGAGCAAUAUUUUGUGAUGUGUUCUUCAUUGCCAGUCAGGUCAAGGUCAGCCUCCCUGGGUGUGAGUAGCAGUAAGAGGGCUGGGUAGGGAGAACUCAAUUGUUUCAAGUCAAAUUUGUGCUAUAUCAAAUGCUACCGUACUCCUUGUUCAGCCUUGACGAGUGGACAAACGUUUGGGCGUCUCUGUACACUUAGCGCCUGGGGGUCACAGGAAAGUUAAUAGAUAUUUUGUUCAUUUUCCGGUUGGGCACCGGCUUGGCCAAGAGGUGGUCUUGGAGGGGUUCCUGGUCGGCCCUCGGGUCGUCGUGAUGGACGUCUGGCUCCUGCUCCGCCAGAGAUCACUGGAGACGUUUUUACGUUUUUGACCAAAUGCCGAAUUUGGAAGGAAACAUCGCGAUUCUGCCGUUUGGCCACGACUGUUCGAGUUCCCACAGUGCACAAGACGCCUUAUCGUCUAAGGUCACCAGGGUGUCGAUAGUAUGCCAUGCUGAUUAUCUGUGUUCAUUGGAGUCCGGCUCUCGUCUCUCAGGGGGUGGGGGGACUCUGGGAGUCACUAAACAUGUGCCUAAUAGUGUGUUUAGCCACUGCAAGGCAUAAUAAUUUUUCGGCGACAGGCGACGUUUCUAUAGGCGCAAGCCACUGGUCUUAACCUACAAAGGAACGCUGGGGCGCAUCCGGCACUGUUGUCGUCGUGUCAACACGACAUACUUUUUAUAAUGUAGACCUGGCGGUGCUGUGGCCCGGGGUGAGGAAGAUGCAAGUGGAGGUGACGGAAUCGCUGUACGGGUCCGUUCCCUGUGGCGCCACCCUCGAAGUCUGGUCCUCCUCCAACGUCACACUUCAGGGACACGCCACAGGCCACGCUCAUAACAAGACUCCCGAGUCUCACCAAGGGACGGCAUUUAACGGACGUGAGACUGGAAGAGGUGGUCUUCUGUCUCGUAGCAGUAGUGCUCUAACUCGUAGUAAUAAACUUCCACUUAGUAACAGUAGUCCUCCAACUCCUAGCAGUGGUUCUGCAACUCAUAACAGUGGUCUUCCAACUCGUAACAGUGGUCCUCCAACUCAUAAUAGCAGUCCUCCAACUCGUAACAGUGGUUUUCCAACAAGUAAUAGUGGUCCUCAAACUAGAAAAAGUGGUCUUCCAACUGGUAACAGUGGUCCUCCAACUCGCAACACUGGUCCUCCAACUCGCAACACUGGUCCUCCAACUCGCAACACUGGUCCUCAAACUCGCAACACUGGUCCUCCAACUCGCAACACUGGUCACCUACCUGGUAGCAGAGGGUCACUAGGUGUAGCGCCGCACUUCUCAACCACUCACUAUGAGAGAGAGGAGAGUGUUCCUUACGGUGCAGGAGAAGCCCGGUGCUCCUCGAACGUGUCCAUUACUCAGGCCAGAGUCCACAGUCUACUGGGAGAGUUUGACGUAUCCAGACUCUAUUACUGCAAUGUGGACGAGCUUGAUGGUCAGUUUGGUUUAUUAAAUAUUCGCAAGUCGGAUGUAUCUAACUUUUCUGCUUCUGGACGCCAAGCGUAUAUUGAGGAUUCCACAAUGCUGGUUGUGUCCAGCCUGGCAAUGAAUCACCUGCAGCUCAAUCAUGUUAAAAUAGGGCGUUUGGUUUCACCUGGAUUAGUUCAACAGACAACAGGUAGUGAAGUUGUCAGUAAUCUGUCUGAAGUGACUGCAGACAUCAUAGAAACUGGAGCAAUACUGGUUGUGAGCGGACAGUUGACCAUCACUAACAUGACUGUGAACGAGAUGCAGUCAGCAGCGAUCACAGUAGGCAGCGGGGGAGUCCUUACCUUGACAAAUUUUCAUGUCCGUCAAGGCCCACAAACAAUGCUUGUUCUGCAUGGUGAAGGAAAAGUAGCCAUUACCAACUUUACCCUUGGUAAUGAUACCAUCAUCCAUCUUGAGUUAACGAGUAGAAGCAAUCAGAAAACCCUUUAUCCAUUACACAUCAUGCGGCCAGCUGAAGUCUCCAAUACGUCCAAAAUUGGGGGAUUCACUGGGACCUCACACCAGGUCGAAAAGACUCCCGUCAAAAAUCUCGUGGGGUUCUCUUGGUACUGGGUGAUGAUCAUGACUGUCGCCGGUGUGUUUGCUGGCAUGAUUAUUGGCACUGCCAUCAUGUGGCGGAGGCCUACCAUAAGCAAGUGCCCACCGUCUGCACUGACAUUGUCGGACCUGAUAGCUCAGGACAGACUAGACAGCGAGGACCACGCUCCGGACACACCCCAGAGGCCUGAACUCUCCCGACAAGACUCAGGGUUGACUUCGUCAUCGUUCGCAUCGUUCACACCAUGCCAGGAGAGGUCCCGUCUCUCCUCCCUCAGCAUGAGGCAGCAACAGGACCCAGAUGUCUGCCUCUCGACCUCAACCGAACCCAACAUCUACGUGCACGUUCCGGCUCUUGCCUGCACUCGCGAGGACGUCAUCUACGAGGAGGUGGAGACCCUUGGCGUGCCCAAGGUGGACCCUACAUACCUCAUCAUGAACUGAUCUUCACAUGAGACAGUAUGUUUUUCAGAUCGAACUCACUCAUGUGGUGCUGUCCUUGUGGCUAUUUAUGCCUUGUGCAGUGCCUCAUAUGCUAAGAAGUGUGGUGACAUCAAAUCACCAUCCAGAGCACGGGUCAGGAACCAUGCCCUGUAGUGGGAUACGCUUUCUGUUGCCCUGCCAAUUUUGCUACUGCUGCCGCCGCCAUGACGAGGGAAGGGUUCACUUACACUGACAAGGGAAGGAUCUCGCCCUCUUUUGUGUGUCCCUGCCUAUAACUCAUGAAGGGUGCUAGUCCCUGACGUGUGAAACGGAAGUAUAUAGAGGGAGUCGUCAUUUCAUUAACUGUUCGUAGUAAUUCCGGUGGAGCAAUGUACGCUAUCCAAGAGCUCCCAUAUUUUCUCCAGCGGCGAAAGAGGAGGAAUACAUCGUUGACUCAUCUGGCCUUUCCUGUCUGGGAAUAUGGUGGUGGCGGACGUCCACCCGCACCCAGCCCUCGGUCCUUGCUCUAUCCUCACUAUCAUCACCACCACCACCACUCAUUCAACCACUAUUGUCACCAGGAUCACUGCUACCACUAUCGCUUCUACCAUCUACCUCACAAGACUGUAAUAUGACUCCAAAAGAGACUAAUCCAAUUAGUUCUGUACAUACAUGUAGCUGCCUGUAGAAUCCUCUCGCCUCAUAAAAUAUCUUAAUAUCCUCUUGUCUUAAAAUAUAUGCAAAAAUUGACGAAAUAUUGUUUAUGUUCUCUUGAGUUUAUUUUAUACACAACAAUACAUAGACGUAAUGGACAUGUUAGAUAAUGGAAUUUGGUACUAUUCUCUUUAUAAAGUCCGAACAAAAUAUAGGUAAAAACCAAACUUAUAUGUUCUUAGGUCAAAUAUAGCACAAAUAUGUAUUAUAUUAGGCCUCAGAUAGCGUGCAUUAGGCCUAGGAAACAUAGCCGUACUAAUUAAAAACAAAACUAUGGAAACCCUCAUUAUGGGGGGAUUCCCAUCACAAGCCACUGGCAUCCUGCCUCUGCCAAGGUCAUUAGAGACGGGUCCCCCAGAAAAUAUAUUUGUACGCGAUAUACAUAUUUUAAAUUAAUAGGCCUAAGUAUACAUACCAAUGUGCUGCUACCAUAUUCUAUAUGACGGAUUACAGAGUGUAGAUCAAAGGCUAGUUGUGAGUUCAUCUAAUAUCCCCAUCUCACAGGAUGGUUAGUCAAACGGGGAAUCAGGAGACAGCAUGAGAAGCGAGUCUAAUCUAUUAGGCUUCUCUAGCAAACUCUGGGUAGCCUAAUAUCAAAUUCAAGAUGCAGUACCAUAUCAAUAAGUAAAAUUAAAUAUUGUACUGAGUUUUGUUCGGUAAAUUUUAAGUGGUGUCGAUACUUUAUACAUUAACAAUUAAGAUAUAUAUUUUUAGAUUACUGUGUAUAGCUAUGUAACUGUAAAGAAUUUCUGAGUUGUAUUUGAGAAAAUUAUUUGUUUUUUAAGGAGACAAAUUGGACGAUGAUUAAAUAAUGCUUAUUACAUAACACAGCAUUUCUUAUUGCGCACAGGCAAGCGCUUUCAGUAUAACCCAUUAGUCAAGAGGUUCGAUUUCUGAGUAGUGGACGGGGGAGACAUCUCCCGUCACGCAGGGUGCAGUCGUACCUCCACAAAAAGACCACCACUUACGGGCUAUUCAUGCCCAUGCCACCUUUUGGGUGGCUUAAUCUUCAUCAAUCAAUCAAUCUGAGUAGUGAGUGAUGUUUGGGCACCUUUCCUUACACCUGCCUGUGUUCACCUAGCAGCAAAUAUGUACCCAGGAGUUAGGCAACUGUUGUGGAUUGUAUAACCUGGGAAGGUUAAGUUAUUGGCCUAGGCCUUAGGGGGUCCUCGGUAAGCCUAACAGGCUUCUUAGUGUCCCUGAUAAUGAAAAAUCUAAUUCCAUGACAGGUCUAUGUGUAGGCCUAUAUUUUUCUGGCGAGUCGUUAUUCGUCUUCGCAAACACAGAAAAAUGAGGCGGAGUAGCAAGAACACAGCCGGUGUUCUUGCUGGCGAAGUUGUCUGCCAACGAGGCUGGGUUGGCGGCGCCAUCUAGGACGAGCUGGCGUGUCUAGGAGUGAGGGUCGGUCAGAUUUGCAAUGUUAGGCUGAGAGCAGAAUAGCUACGCACUUUCUUGAAAAGUUUCUGAUUUUCUUUCAUAUUGAGUAAUGAUUUAAUUAUAAUUUUAGAGGAACGGAGUUAAGUCAGCAGAGAGGACACAAUGAACGGUCUUAAUCAGACAGACCUCAGCGAAUAUCUUACAUAAAAUUUUACAGUAUAUUUACACACCUUAUAAUUAAUUAUGAUUAUAGCUAGUAACAAACGCCUUCCAUUGCACCUGUUAAAUAAAUAUAUUAUUAUACUUUG